UAGGCUGGGGCAGGCUCCUGGUGGCAUGGCAGGGAAGCUGGGGAUCCUCCUGCUGGCCCUCAUGCUCAGCUUGGCGCAGCCAGCCUCGGCCCGCCAGAAACUCCUGUUGUUUCUGCUGGACGGCUUCCGAGCAGACUACAUCAGCGAUGAGGCCCUGGAGUCCUUGCCUGGGUUCAAAGAGAUUGUGAGCAGAGGGGUCAAAGUGGAUUACUUGACCCCGGACUUUCCCAGUCUCUCUUAUCCCAAUUACUACAGCCUCAUGACCGGUCGCCACUGUGAGGUCCAUCACAUGACCGAGAACUACAUGUGGGACUCCGACACCAACAAGUCAUUUAACAUAGGUAUCAACAGAGACAGCCAGUUGCCUCUCUGGUGGAAUGGAUCAGAACCUCUGUGGGUCACUCUGACCAAGGCCAAAAGGAAGGUCUACAUGUACUACUGGCCAGGCUGUGAGGUUGAGAUUCUUGGCGUCAGACCUACUUACUGCCUCGAGUAUAAAUCUGUCCCAACGGAUGCCAAUUUUGCCAACGCAGUCAGCGGCGCUCUUGACGUCUUCAAGAGUGGCCAGGCGGACCUGGCGGCCAUCUACUACGAGCGCGUCGACGUGGAAGGCCACCAUCACGGGCCCUGGUCGCCACAGAGGAAAGACGCCGUGAAGGCCGUGGACACCGUGAUGGCGUACUUGACCAAGUGGAUCCAGGAACGGGAGCUGCAGGACGACCUUAACGUCAUCAUCUUCUCAGAUCACGGGAUGACUGAUAUUUCGUGGAUAGACAAAGUGAUUGAGCUGUAUAACUACAUCAACCUUCGUGAUCUGCAGCAGGUGAAGGGGCGAGGGCCAAUCAUGAGCCUGUGGCCAGCCCCUGGGAAGCAUUCGGAGAUAUAUAACAAACUGAGGCGAGUGGAGCACAUGACUGUCUACAAGAAGGAAGACAUUCCGAGCAGGUUCCAUUACAAGAAAGGGAAGUUUGUCUCCCCUCUGACCCUAGUGGCUGACGAAGGAUGGUUCAUAACUGAGAAUCGACAGUCACUUCCAUUCUGGAUGAACAGCACCAUCACCCGCAAGGCAGAAGGCUGGCAAUGGGGCUGGCACGGAUAUGACAACGAGCUCAGAACCAUGAGGGGCAUCUUCCUGGCCUUCGGACCUGAUUUCAAGUCCGACUUCAGAGCCGCUCCCAUCAGAGUCGUGGAUAUCUACAACCUCAUGUGCAGAGUGACAGGCGUCACCCCCCUGCCCAACAACGGGUCCUGGUCCCGGGUGAUGUGCAUGCUGAAGGACCCGGCCAGCUCGGCCCCGGGUGCCCUGCCCAGCGCCUCUGCACUGGUCACCGUCCUGGUGGUACUGCUGGUGAUGCUGGGCUAGCUGCGUGCGCCGUGUCCCCAACACUCGGCACAGUGGGUGAAUUAACCACCUCCUUGAUUCAUGCAAGGCCAUACAACUAUUAAUCUAUUCUUGGAUGAUUCCAUACACAAGAGUCCCUACUUCUUUAGAAUCGUUUUUGUUUUUUCUAGAGGUAAGGAAAGUUCUAGCUUUUCAUUUGUUCAACUAGAGGUUAUUUUCUUUCUUUCUUUUUUUUUUUUUUCAUGUACUCAGAUGAAUUGUCUGAACAGGGCCUCCCGCUGUAGUGACCAGACCCCAGGUGGGUGUUCUAUGGAGUCCUGGCCCCUCUGUUUUGCACAAAAUAGGCCCUGGUCUGAGGUCUGUCUACACCUGGGAGCCAUCCUGUAUAGCUCCUUCCAUCGGGGGAAAAAGGAGGCUCAUGUGAAAGCAGUAGCUGCUGUCUAUUUCUGACCCAGCUCGUGGGGUUUCUUCACCUUAUACAAAGUCCCAGAAAGGGCUUAUCUUAGCUUGGCUCACCCAUCAGUCAAACUCACUAAGAACUGCAGAAUUGCAGAGAACAAAAUGAAAGAUAUGGGUUCCUUCCCAAAGUCUGGGUGCACAAAAUUUUCUCCCUGCGUUGAGGAGCAGAAGAAUUUACCAUGGAUACGGGCUCCUUCGAGCCUUCUCCUAGCGUAUUCGCGGUGUGAACACACACACGCCAGGAGCUGCCUUGCCUGUCUGCCCAUCUGCCUGUGGGGAGGCUGGCUUAGAGGAUCCUAUAUGGAAUGUGAGUGCGUGCUCAGUCACUUCAAUCAUGUCUGACUCUGUGCAACCCCAUAGACUGGGGCCCCCAGGCUCCUCUGUCCAUGGGAUUCUCCAGGCAAGAAUACUAGAGUGGGUUGCCAUUUCCUACUCUAGGGAAUCUUCCCAACCCAGGGAUCAAACCCAGGUCUCCUACACCUUCUGCACGGGCAGGUGGGUUUGUUACCACUAGUGCCACGAUAAACUCCAGCAACGCCUGACAUAUCAUCUAUCAUCACGGGUGGGGAAAGGGAUGUCUGGCUGAUGACAGUGUGGACAUACUUGCAGAAAUCUCACUCCAUUGCUUGAAAUGGUGACGUACUGAGCGUAGGUUUGAUGCACCCGUGUCCCUGAGAGCAAGGUUUCUUUAACAGCCACAGCAAAGUGGACCCUUGAGUCACCCAGAAUUCCAAGAAAAAUGGUGGAGCGCAGGGAACAGAGUUAGCGUGAUGCAACUGAAUCCCAGUCACUAACCACUCAGCCAUUUGAUUAGGUAACAGUUUGGGCAAAGUGACACCUCAGAGACCUUGGUUUUUAAGAAACCCCAAAGAAGAGGCUCUGAGCCUUGGUUGAAAUGUUUUUAGUCUUGUAAGUCUGCUAUAGGAGAUAUAUUGUUGCAAAACAAGGGAUACCUGCACUUCUGUAUGAUCAGAGUCAUAGACAUGUAUCACUGCCUUAAAAACGAGUUUGUGCUAAAUGAAUCCCACCUGCAGAUGAGACAUUUCAUCAAGAAAAGACAACAGAUCAGGUGUCGGCAGAACAAUAAAGCCCCUUAUGUGCUGUUUACCUUGAAAAAUGAAAAUCUACGCUCACCCUGAUUCAAGAAGUCUGGGAGCCAUCUCUAGACCUUGAAUCAUGAGAGCGAAGGAUCACUGCUUAAAAAUAUCACAUUUAUCUUCACAAAAGAUUUCUAAGGUUUUAUGUAAUGUGUUUUUAAAGCGCUAGCAAACCAUCAAGUCAAUAGGAAAGGCAAAUCAGCCUUUGUCAUCUGUCUGAAAGCCAAUUAGUGCUUUGGGAACAUUGUGGUGGUUAUUGAAACAACAUCUAUUGUUUAAAGUUUUCUCUCUCUGUAAAGGACUGUGUUCUAAUGAAUUUGGUGGAGCUCAUUGUGCUCCCAUGUGAAGAAAGAGGACCUAAAAGAAACCCACUGAUUCAAUUAAAAGUGGAUUAUACAAGUCUAGAGGGGUACGAACAGAUACACGAUCUUGAGUUUGUCCUUCCCACUCUGGUCUACCAAUUUUUCCCCUCACUCAUUCUUAAAAUCUUCAAGUUACAUAAUCAAAUUUCAGACAUCUGCCUGGCAAGGCGUAGUUACUCUGUAAGUCGUUUUGAAGCUCCAGUACUUUGCGCACCUCAUACGAAGAGCCGACUCUGCAGAAAAGACCCUGAUGCUGGGAAAGAUUGAAGGAAGAAGAAGGGGAUGACAGAGAAUGAGAUGGUUUGAUGGCAUCACCGACCCAACAGACAUGAGUUUGAGCAAACUCUGGGAGACGGCGAAGGACUGGGAAGCCUAGCAUGCUGCAGUCCAUGGGGUUGAGAAGAGUUGGACACAACUGAGCAACUGAACAACAACAACAACAAAAAUGAGAAUAAGACACGUUUGGAAUCAUAAAUAUUGGUGAAUAAUAAGAAAAUUCAGACACUGAGUGGAAGCAAAACCGUAAACCUAAAGCAACACAUAUGUUUUAGUGGCUCAACUGUUUAGCUAGAAUUUUUUUCUUCUGAUUUUUGUUCUAAGCUAUGUUCUUUUCCCAAGGAAAAUUCUAUUUUCUCUAAAUGCAUUUUGUUCCAUCAGAGUAACAUUUGCUAGGACCAUACACACAACUUUCCUCCUAUUUUACCACUUCAUCGCUAAUUCCAGGAGGAAGGUCAUUGGAGUGACCUGCAAAUAUCAAAGACAGAUGAAAGAAGUGAUCUUUAAGUUAAAGAUGAGGUGAGAGGCUACUGUCCCUUCCUGUAUGCAGAAUCACCAGAACCCAACUCAACUAUGUUCUGAAGCCUUCACCAUCAAUUAGAGCAGACCCAGGGAGUUCUUUCACACCUCCAAGAGGCCUGACUUACAAAGUCCCAACUCUCUUUACUUCUAAAGGGCUCUUCGAAAUCCACAGCAGAUCUGAACUGUCAUAGACAGCAGUUUGCAAACCUUCUGGGAUUGCCAGCAUCAUUGGCCCUCUUCCGGAGAUGCAGGUUCUGAGGACCUGGCAUGGGGCUUUCCACAACACUUUUAAGUCACAUGGAUCUAAGGUCCAGGUUUGCCCUAAUGAGUGGUGGGUUCUGAUUUGACCUUGGUACACCUGAGUCUCCCACAGCAAUUUCAUGAUCUGCUGCUCUCUUCAGUGGCCAUCAGCCUGGCAUUGGCUACUGAUCCCAGCUGGGUCAGCUUCCCGCCCUUCUAAAACCAAAGCAGAUCUGUAAGUCCCAGUGAUGAAAUGGCUUUUCAAUACCCAAUCCCCAUGAGUUUAAGAUCCUCAACGGUGCUAUCAGACAAACUCAUUGUUCAAGACACAGCUCUUUUAUGAAUUUUCUAUGAAAGUGUUUUACAUGUCUGUAAAUCUCAAGAGAUUUCCAAAUGUGAUUAUGUGUUUAAUCUUUGUAAGCAAUUGGUGAUAGGCCAAAGUCAGCUCUUGUAAGUUACUUGUGAGGAGGAAGAAAGAUGGUAGGCUUGACAGCCUAGUUAUAAACCACAGGAAACUUGGUCUCAGGUCUGUGUGAUGGAAGAUAUGCUUAUGUGUUGCUUUGAAAUCAUAAAAUUGCACCUAGUAUUGUGUCUCACGUGUUUCGUAAAUGUCCCAUAAAUGUGUUGAAUCAAAAAAAGAAUAAAUAAAACUGAGGAGACUUGCUUACACAGCA